GUUGAGACUCUCUAACGUCCAAUGAGUGGGCUGUUGCCAGUAGCAACCACGUCCAUCAGCCAUUUCUGUCCAAUGAACAGCGGGACGAGGCGGAGUGCAGGUGCGCGCCGCUGUGUCCACUUGGCAGAGUGCCUGGGAGACGCCUGUGGCAAAACAGUAACUGUCAAAUGCAAGGUUCCUUUAAUAAGAGCGAUCAGUCCGGCUCCGAGAGUCAUGGCGACCACAGCGUCUAAUCAUUACAAUAUCCUCACCUCCAGCGCAUCCAUUGUGCACUCGGAGCCCGGGAGCAUGCAGCAAGCAUCGGCGUACAGGGACGCGCAGACCCUGUUGCAGAGUGACUACUCAUUGCAGAGCAACAGUCACCCGCUCAGCCACGCGCACCAGUGGAUAACGGCACUGUCGCACGGAGAGGGAGCUCCGUGGUCAACCAGUCCGCUCGGCGAGCAGGACAUCAAACCCGCGGUGCAGGGCACCAGAGACGAGAUGCACAGUUCCAAUAACCUGCAGCACCAGCACCAGCCGCGACCGCCCCACCUGGUGCACCAGUCACAUGGGAACCACCACGACGCCCGAGCGUGGAGAACUACCGCAGCCCACAUACCCAGCAUGGCAACAUCCAAUGGCCAGAGCCUUAUUUAUUCACAGCCCGGAUUCGGCGUCAACGGCCUGAUUCCAGGCAGCGGACAGGGAAUGCACCACCACAACCUAAGAGAUGCACACGAAGACCACCACAGCCCGCAUCUCAGCGACCACGGCCACCAGGCGUCCCAGCACCAGCAACAGAGUCACCAUGACCAUUCGGACGAGGAUACACCGACCUCCGACGACUUGGAGCAGUUCGCCAAGCAGUUUAAGCAGCGGAGGAUCAAGCUGGGCUUCACUCAAGCUGACGUCGGACUCGCCUUGGGAACGCUGUAUGGAAAUGUGUUUUCCCAAACCACUAUUUGCAGGUUCGAGGCCCUGCAGCUCAGCUUCAAAAACAUGUGUAAACUCAAGCCUUUGUUGAACAAGUGGUUGGAAGAAGCGGAUUCCACCUCGGGCAGCCCAACCAGCUUGGACAAAAUCGCUGCACAAGGGAGGAAAAGGAAAAAACGGACCUCUAUCGAGGUAAGCGUAAAAGGGGCGUUGGAGACCCAUUUCUUGAAGUGUCCUAAACCCGCAGCGGCGGAAAUUACUUCCCUGGCGGACGGUCUACAGCUGGAGAAAGAGGUGGUGAGGGUUUGGUUUUGUAACAGGAGACAGAAAGAGAAACGGAUGACUCCUCCCGGUGGACCGCUUCCUGGAACCGAGGAUGUGUAUGGGGACACACCGCCACAUCAUGGAGUCCAAACACCGGUUCAAUGAACAAUAACGGACCACUAUUAGACUUUUCCUGAUUUUGUUUGUCUUGAAAAUGAUAUAUAAUUCACUGGACUAUGAGCGAUAGUGGGUGUUUUAUGUAUAAUAGCCUAGCCUAUGGCAUGAGUAGGCUACUUACACAAUAUCUGCAUUGAAUACCAUUCAAAACCCGAAUAUCAUUAGCGAUGGAGUGGAAAUUUUCUUCAAGAGCUAAGCGAACACAUGUUCGAGGAUAUGCCUAGCACUGUGACUCAACGCAGUUUCAAAGGUGUAGCCCUAUUGUGAAAAAUAUUUCGCGUAAAGGAAAUUAUCGUUAAAAACUAGCCUCGAGAUUCAUAGCUAAAAUGGUUUACAUUCUCGCCUUUUGUGGUGUAUUCAACACAUGGCGCUGCGCAAUCAUCAUGGUUUUGUUCUGGACGUGUGGGUCCGACAAGAAAAGUCAUGAGAGCUGCAUUCGACAAAACAUAGCCUAAACGCCAUUUCUCUGUCCCAGACAAGCAGCUGGGGGUUGAGCAUCGGCUGAGCAAUGUGUGAGGGUUGAUCAUCCGUCAGUCAUCUUUUUCCAGUUAGUUUUGACAUUCAACAUUGCUUUGAGGCGUUUAGGCAAAUGAUUAUGUGCGAAAGCGUUAUUAUUUUAGCCUGUUACCUGUUAUAUCCCUAUUAUUAUUAUUGUUGUUGUUGUUGUCAAGAGCAGUUCGAAUGAGCUCCUUGAAUAAUUGAUACCACAUAAGUCGUAUGGUUUUAAUAUUUCGUUUGGACGCACACAGGAGCACAUCAUCCUUCUCGUUCUCUCAAUGAUAUCAGCACGUGUGGAUCAAACACAAAAGGCUGCCAACACUGAGCUCCGCUCCACGCCACGCGGCCAGCAGCUAGCAGUCAGGUCACGGAAGGGCUACGUGGCGAUGGAAACCUGGCACUUUUCUAGAGCAAGAUAUAUCACCAAGUUUCACAGAACAUUGUGAUCAAUUUUGUAAAUAUUGUAUAACUAAACAGUCACGGCUUAGUUCCUUCUCACUGGGGCACUUUUUUUCUUUCGGUGUUUUCAAAACAAAAACAGGUUUUAGCUGUUUAUUUUUUUAUUCCAAAUGGUUUUGACACAAUUUUUAGGUUUCAAUAGCCUACCUUGUAUUUUUAUUUAAAGUUAUUUGUAGCUGAAAUUAUGCUUGUUGUUUGCAGUGUAAUGUGUUUGAGAAGCAUUUUAUGUUCAAUUCAGAGGGAUUUCAUUGAUGUGAGUUCAAUUGGAUUGGCAGAAUUGACUUCACAUGUUGUCCUGACAUUGGCUUUCAAUAAUGUCCACCUGACAUUAUAUUUUUGAAUCAAAUAUAUGCUUUAAGUAAUUAUGGUCUAAUUGAUUGGCAACUAAAUAAUUAAUCAGCCCACAGAUUGGCAAAAGAAGGCGAUAUGCUCGCUGAAAUAUAUUUUAUUUAAAAGAUGUAUAAUUCCUUUACAAAAGGAAAUAGAUAUUUAAGUGUUCUACAUUUUAUAUCAACUUUUAAAAACAACGUGGACCCUUUGUCAAAAACAAGUCACCUGACAUCACAUAUCAUGAAAAUAAUAAUAAGAAUAAUAUAUUAUUAUUAUUUUAUUAUUUAUCAUAGGGUGAGGAUUUUAUUUGAUCCUUGCCACCUUUCUUUUGUUUUGGUAUCAUUGCGAUAUGGGAAUAAUGAUCAAAUACGUUAAUUUUAUAAUUUUGUUAUUGAGAUUGUAAUUUAUUCUAUAAUGACUUUUAUAGAUGACAAAGUACAAUAGAUAUAUAAAUGGCAUCGAAAAGGCUUAUGGAAUAUAGGCUAGUCAGAAAGGGGGAGAGAUAGUAUUUUUUAUUUCAGGGGGAUUGCCAUAGCCUAUACCGUCAAUGCUACGUGUAUAUACAUGUUUUAUGAUAACCAUAUGGCUUGUUCUCCGUAGCUUUGUUUCAUUUUAUGCAAAUUAUAUCCAGGGACUUGUGUUCUUCUCAUUUACUUUUGUUUUUUUAAAGAAAAAAGUUAAUGGUAUUGAUCGUAUUUCUUCUGUAGCUUGAAUUAAUCGACCAAUCACACAAUUCUCUGAUAAUCAAACUGUGGGAUGUACAAAUUCGAUGUUUUGUUUUGGUUUUGUUUAUUGUUUUUUUCCCCGCGUUUGUCACAUUCACUUUUAAUUCAUCUGGAUAAACCUGGGGGUUAAACACGCAGAUGGUGAUGUGUAGGUAAUAUUUCAUCACUUGAUAUCACAUGAACAAAGACUUGCACAUUUUUAAAUAAUGGGGUUGAUA